AAUCACGUAGAAUUCAAUUCUCUUGAAUAACUCUUUAAUUGCAAUUGGGGGUUUCUUGAUUUUUGUUUUCAAAAUUGCAGAGUGGAGGAGAGGGUUCUACAAUCAGGAAAAUCUUUUCGAUCUUCAUCCGAACCCUAGAAGAUGAUGAGUAGGCAGCCUGCGCGUUUCUGGACAUUCAAUACUUUGGUGGGGGCUUUUCUUGAUCUUUUCGUAGCUUAUUUCUUACUCUGUGGCUCCACCAUUGCUUUCUUUGCUGAUAAAUUUCUGGGUUUCUUUGGUUUCAGCUUGUCAACUCCUUAUAAUGUAUUCUUUGAUUCUGAUUUCACAAAUUUACUGUUUGAUUACCCAACUGAUAAGAUCUCAGAUGUUCAAUUUGCUGUAGCUAGAAAGUUCCCUUUUGAUUCGAUUUUCUUUAGGAUCCAGAAUGGGCAUGGAAGUGAUGGUUUGAAUUUGGAUAGAGGUGAUGGGUUUAGGGAAUUAGAAGGUGAGGCAUCUUGUAGUUCCAUAUCUGAUGCUAGAAAAGUUGUUAGAAAUGAAACUGAUGAUUCUGCAGUUAGAUUUGAAAAAGGAAGGGGAUUUGAUAUGAAAGGAAAAGGGGCCGCAAAUUAUAGAGUUAGAGGGAGUAUUCGACGUAGAAGAAAGACUAGUCUUGAUAGUGGGAAACACUCUUCUGUAUCUACUUCCCCUACUUGGAUCACAUGUGUUGAAGACCAAAAUAAUCACAAAGAAUCCAAUGCACAACUUGAAGGCAGCCUCAUUCUUUCUGGUGCUAACAGCUCUAACUAUGAAGCUGAGACUCCCAUGGUGGUGAAAUCGGAUGGCAGGUUUCUAGAUGAUGUAUCUAAUGAAUCUGGUAACAACCCAAGUGGGCUGAAAGAAAGGAUUGCAACUGAUGAUGGUGAUGAAGACAACCGAAUUGUUUCAUUGACACAAGAAUUGGAAGUGGAGCGAGCUGCUCGAUCUGCACUUUAUGUUGAACUUGAUGAGGAAAGAAAUGCUGCUGCAACUGCUGCUGAUGAAGCAAUGGCUAUGAUUCUUCGCUUACAAGAGGAGAAGGCGUCGAUUGAGAUGGAGUCGCGUCAGUAUAAGCGAAUGAUAGAAGAAAAAUCAGCUUAUGAUCUUGAAGAGAUGAAUAUUCUGAAAGAAAUCCUUUUGAGAAGAGAAAGGGAGAAGCAUUUCUUGGAAAAGGAAGUUGAAGCAUAUAGGCAGAUGGAUCGUCUUGAAAAUGAUCAACUUUCUGGCAUUAAUGUUCAAGAUUUCAACGAAGAUCCUGAUCUGAUAUUACAUGAGCUUAGCAUGUCCAUUGCCAAUAGGAAGAAUUCAGGAAAUGAAGAUCUUGAGUUAUCAAAACGAGAAGACAUAGAGAAACCUAUAGCCAUUGUAGGCGAAGUACCUGAUUUGGAAAUGAAAGCAGGUCAUGCUUUUAAUGGAAACAAAGAGCUGUACAAACAACGGACUGAAAAGGAAUCACUUGUAUAUAAUGUUCAUAUGAUUGACAACGAGCCCAAAACGAGCGAUGAGUCAAAGGGAAGUAAAAAACGACCAACGAUGGAUGAGACUGAUGGGAGUUUUCUAAGGAGACUGGAGAAGGAAGCUGACCAAAAUAGAAGCGGUUCAGAGGCGGCUGUUGGGCGGCUGCCGCCCAUAAGCUCAAAGAGCGCAAGAAGGAAUUCAACAUCAGUGUUGGAUAAUGAAAGAAUAAGAAUUGACACUGAAGUUGGGUGGCUGAGGGAAAGGUUGAGGAUUGUGCAAGAAGGGAGGGAAAAGCUUAACUUUUCUAUUAAUAAUCGUGAAAAGGAAAGUUUGCAGUUGCAGCUGUUGGAGGAUAUCGCACGCCAGCUUCAGGAAAUCCGAAUGCUGACAGAACCUCGGAAAGCCCGUCAGGCUUCUCUGCCCCUUCCUUCCUCUAAGAGUUUGACAAAGAAAAGGCGAUGUCGAAGUGUAUCUUCAGGAGCUGCAAAAAGCUCUUGAAUGCUGAUGAAGUUUUUAAAGGGUUUCAAGACCAAAGAAACAGAAAGGAUAUUAAACAAGUUGGUGGUGGAGUCUUGAUUUUAGGUUUUGUGAUUUCGUAUUAUCUUGUGAAUAUUAAAUCUAGUCGCAGUAGCAUCUGUAGAAUAAACCUCUAAAAGGGCACACCUUUGGCUGUAAAAAUAGGAGUAGAUGUUUCUUUAUUCCAUGUUUUUGUUUGUUUCCU